AUGAAUGUCGAUGCUGCGGGCCACAAUUUGCAAGGGAUUGUGGGAGGAAGUGUCCGUAUACGCUGUUGGCUGGAGCAAUUACGCAGUAUUGAUGGCUAUUACAUCCAGAGGAAAGGUAGUGAUGGAAACCUGAUUUUUAUCAACGGGUAUUACGACAGGCCACUGACUGUGCUUCCUGAGUACUUACAUCGCACCUUCAUCAACAAAACUGACCUCAGCAUGGAGAUAACAAACCUCAAACCUUCUGAUGAGGGAGAUUACUCCUGUAUCUUCAUUUGCAAUGGUGCAAAUUGCAAGGAAACCAACUUUCAUCUGACAGUUACAGCCAAUUACAGCGUUCCCAUCAUAACCGUCCAGGGUUGCGGCAAUGACCCAGCCCAACCAUGUGUGGUAGGGUGCUCGUCAUCAGGGGGACAUCCUCCCAGCAGUGUAACCUGGGGUGUGAUCGGGAACAAGACGAGCAGCCUGAUAACAGACAAAGAAGAAUCCGUAAUUAAACAGGACGUAAGCUCGAGCCUUUGGAACGUGUCCCAGACUGUAACGCUUAACUGCAGCCACCCGCUUGACAUCACCUGCUCAGUUGAGGGAGUUGUGUCACGUGCUGUCAGUGUGUGCACUUUUUUGAACUACUUUUGUUUAAACACUGAAAAAUAA